AUGGAUGAUAAUCCUAUCUUCAGGACUGAAGCUUAUGCAGCUGUGGAUUCUGGGAUUUCUGAUAUGGCUGGGGAAAAUUUGAAGGAUGAAGUUGAGAGGAAUGAUAUUUCUAAGUCGUUUGAGGAGGAUGAUUCUGACUAUGGAGAGGCGGUGGAUUUACAGAGGUCUUCAUCUUUCCCGCUAGCUUCUAACGUGAAAGACCCUCUUUGGAAAACAUCUACUAUGGUCGUACCACCUGGAGUUAGCCGAAUGGUUACUAGAAGUAAGGCUCAGGUCCACCAUAUUAAUUUUAUGGGAAUUCUGGAACCAUUUAUCCCACUUGAUGUUAAUUUCAUUACUAGAAGAUUGGGCUUUGAUGGUGCUAUUUCUAAUUGUGCUGGUAAGAUUUGGUUUCUGUAUGAUUAUUCAAUAAUCUGUACUGUGCUGAUGGAUAAUGAGCAAUUUUUGCAUCUCAGAAUUUGUUCUCCUAAUUUUCCUAUAUCUAUAUUGGUAACUGUGGUAUAUGCGAAGUGUGAUAGAGUUGAAAGAAGGAAAUUAUGGGAUGAGGUUAUGGCUGUCAAACCGGAAAUGGAUGCAUUUUGGCUAGUAGGUGGUGAUUUUAAUGUAAUAUCAGAUGUUAGUGAGCAUUCGGCAGGAUCUCUUGCUAAGCCUGGCGCCACAAAUGAAUUUAAUAAUUUUAUUAUGCUAGCUGGACUUCUAGAUGCAGGAUAUGUGGGUGAUAGAUUCACGUGGACAAAUGGCAAAGUAUGGAAGAGGUUGGACAGGGUUUUGGUAUCAACAUGUUGGGGAGAACAGAAACAUAUGAAAUUUCAAUUCAAGCUUAAAAGGUUGAAGACACAUUUGAAAUGGUGGAAUGUGGAGGUAUUUGGUAAUAUUUUUGAGAAUGUAAAGAAGGCUGAAGAGGUUUUUGAGUCGGCAGAAAAGGCUUUUGAUAGCUCCCCAACGUUAGAGAAUAAAAUAUAUAUGGCUAAAUGUCAAGCUUCUUUGUUUCACAUAUUAGAUAUGGAAGAAAUGUUUUGGAAACAAAAAGUGGCAGUGAAAUGGUUUGGAGAAGGUGAAAGGAACACUAAACUAUUCCAUAAUUUGGUACGGAAAAGGAGGAUGACAAGCCGAAUAUUCAGGAUUUGGGACGAAGGAGUUUGUUUGGAGGAUAAUAAUCUUAUCCAAAUUUUUGGAGUUCGUUUCUUUGAAGAACUUUUAACAGGGGAGGAUUUCGAGUGUGAUUCUGUAGAUAUGGACGCCAUUCCACAGUUGGUGAGUUUGGAAGAGAACCAAGCCUUGUCAGCAUUACCAUCUAUUGAGGAGCUGAAACAAGUGGUAUGGGAGAUAAGUGAAGACAGCGCAGCUGGUCCGGAUGGUUUCUCUGCAGCUUUUUAUGUGGCAUGCUGGGAUGUUAUAAAGGAGGAUCUGUUGAGAUUGAUGCUGGAUAAAAUUAUUUCUCCAUCACAGAGUGGUUUUGUGGCUGGAAGACUAAUUUCUGAUAAUAUUUUGCUAGCACAAGAACUCAAUCAUAAGUUGAACUAUCAUAUUAGAGGAGGGAACUUAAUUUUGAAAUUGGAUAUGGCUAAGGCAUAUGAUAGAAUCCAAUGGAGUUUUUUGUUUAGAGUUAUGGCUGCUUUUGGUUUUUCUGACAAGGUUAUUGAUAUGAUCAAGAGAUGUAUUAGUGAUUCCUGGUUUUCGGUGAGAAUUAAUGGGAAACUGUCUGGUUUCUUUCAGUCAAAAAGGGGGUUAAGACAAGGUGAUCCUAUCUCUCCUUUACUUUUUAUUAUAAUGGCAGAAUUCUUAUCAAGAGGUUUGGAUGGCUUAUUUGUUAAAUAUCCUCAAAUGUUUUUUGAAUCUGGAUGUACUAUGAGGAUUUCUCAUUUAGCUUAUGCGGAUGAUAUUUUAAUCUUGAUGAAUGGCUCAAUAAAUUGUGUUAAAAGGAUUCGAACGUUUUUGGAUUUUUACAUGACCUCUUCGGGCCAAUCUGUAAAUGCUGCCAAGAGUUCGUUCUAUCCUUCAAAAUCGAUCUCUAUUGAUAGAAGGGGUCAGAUUGCAAGUAUUACGGGUUUUAAGGAAGGUACCACUCCGAUUAUAUAUUUGGGUGUGCCUUUAUUCUCUGGCAAUCGAAAGGCAAUUUAUUUUCAGCCUCUUUUAGAAAAAGUGAGGGCAAGGCUGCUUGGUUGGAAUCUCUCUAAGCUCUCUCAUGGAGGUCGGCUCAUGCUUAUUCAAAGUGUGAUGUGCUCGGUGCCUCUCUAUCUAAUGCAGGUUUUGCUCCCUCCUUUAUCUAUUCUCCAUCAGUUAGAAAUGAUAUUUGCUAAUUUCUUUUGGGGUUCUCUGGGCUCCAAGAAGAAGCCACAUUGGAUUAGUUGGGAUGAUAUUUGUAGACCAAGACUGGAAGGAGGCUUGGGGAUACGAAGGCUCUCGGAUGUUGCGAUGGUGUUUACUCUGAAAUUUUGGUUUCGUUUUAGGGAGCAAAAAUCUUUUUGGGCAAUUUUUAUGUCUAGGUUAUAUUGUGGUGAUGCCUCUCCAUGUGUGGUUUCUUUAAAGAAAAAUGCUUCCCCAUAUUGGCGUCGGCUUGUGAAGUUACGGAAUUAUGGAGAGAAUAAUAUAGGUUGGAUUAUUGGAAAUGGAGAAAUUAAUUUCUGGUAUGAUAAUUGGUUGGAUAGUGGUCCUCUUUACCUUUUGUGUCCAAUUCUUGGCAAUCCAGAUAGUAGAAUUGUCGAGUUUAUUUGUAAUUCAGGCUGGAAUGUAGAGAAGCUUCAAAGUUGUGUGCCGGAACAAAUUGUUGAUGAAAUUAAGGAGGUUGCUCUGCCUGGGGGAAUUUCUGGAGAGGUAGAAAACGUGGAUGAGGUUGUACAAAAUGGUGUUAGGGAUUGUAUAGUAUGGAAGUCAUCUUUGGAUGGAAAGUUUACUAUGAAAUCUGCUUGGAAGGGUUCCUGGAAAGACCAGCAACAGGCUGGAGUUGGGCAACAACAAGCUGUCUGGAGAGCAGUAUGGAGUAAGCUUAUUUUCCCAAAUAUCUCCGUUUUUGUUUGGCGUUUUCUUAGGAAACGUUUACCUGUGGAUGAAGUGCUGCAAAGGAGGGGAGUUUACCUAGCUUCAAAAUGUUUUAGGUUUUUGGUUUUUGAAAAUUGGAGAAGUGGGCAGUAUUGGUCUUAUGGAGGUCAUAUUAGGGAGGCUAUCCCAUUCUUGAUUAUUUGGUUUCUAUGGUGUGCACGAAAUGAUGCUAAGCAUCGUGGGAUAAGAAUAGUAGCUAAAAAGAUCAUUUGGAAUGUUUCCCAAUAUGUUAUUACUGGUAUAGCUGCGGGGAUCAUUAAACCAAGUCAUUGGAAGGGUUUUAUUAUGGCGGCUCAAAACAUGGGGUUGCUGGUGAAACCAAGAACUGUUAAUACCAUCUCAGUGGUGACGUGGAAGAAACCAAAGGUUGGUUGGUUCAAGUUGAAUACGGAUGGAUGCUCGAAGGGGAACCCAGGUCUAUCUUCUUUUGGAGUCAUUAUAAGAGAUCAUAGUGGUAACGUUAUGUUGGUAAAGUAUGGACUAAUUGGUAGGGGGUCGAAUGUUAGGGCAGAAUUGAUGGCAAUCCUUAAAGGCUUGGAAUUAUGUGUAGAAAAACAGUAUCAGGUAUGGUUUUCUCAUGUAUACAGAGAGGCUAAUGCAGCAGCUGACCAAAUUGCUAAUCAAGCGUUCAUUUCACUUGAUGAUGGAUUGAAUGCUCCUUUUGAUCAGUAUACAGAAAGAAUAUGCUAUAAUCAUGAGAUUGAUAAGGGGCUUCGUGGAAUUUGUAAUUUGGAUAAGAGUGGUCUUCCAUAUAUUCGGUUGUCUUCAAAACCAGGACAUGUAGCUGGCUCUAUUAUGGUUAUUUUAAUUAAGCUCGAUGGUGAUGGAGAAGGUCCAGAUUUAUGUACUUCACAAUUUGGUUUCUACUGUGCAAAAGAUGCAAAGCUGCAAGAAGUUUAUAAUUUGGUUUUCUACUUUUGGGGCUUAAAAGGGAGAAAGUUGGGUUUGCAAGCUAAGUCUAUGAAAUUCUACAUGCAGAAAAAAAACCAGUACGUGAAGAUUGUUGCACAUCCUGACUUGAUCUAUUCAGAAAAGGACAAGUUAAUUUUCAUGGUUGUGGUCUGA